AUGGCAGCGGGGCCCGGCGGCGGCAGGUCGCGGGCGGGCGGCGGUUGGGGGGUGCCCGCAGGCGGGGGCGGGGCUCCGCGCGGCCCUCGCGCCCCUGGACCGGGUCAGGCCGCUCCUCGCCCCUGCGAGGCGGCCCCCGCAGCACCGGCGGGGGAAGAGCGGCACCGGGGCCGAGCUCCCGCCUCGCCUCCUUUCUGUAGCGGCUUAGCAGGGCCCGCGGGGAGCCGUUGCGGCCGUUGCGGCCGUUGGGCGCGCGGAGCGGGCCGGGGGCCCCCGGCGGCUUCCCCGCGCGCCGGUCGGCGCCCGCGGGCGUUUUCAAGCCUCUGCGUCUUGCUCUGCCUCCCAAGAUCGCUGCAGCCGUGUAGUAACGCCAGCACCCCGUCCUUCGUCGUGCCCGUGUGCUCUAGAGGAUGCGGGGUUGGGUUAGUUAGCUUGUAUUCCGCUGCUUUAACCCGCCUUUACUUAGAGCCGGGGUCUGUAGACACCUCUAGGAGCGUGCGUGAGAGUCAAGCAAUUUCAUCAUGAGAAUAUGGUCAACCUGACUGACGUAUUUAGGCAGAAAAAAAGAAUUCACUUGGUGUUUGAAUUUGUUGAUCAUACAAUUUUAGAUGAGCUCCAGCAUUAUUGCCCUGGAUUGGAUAACAAAAAGCUUAAAAAAUACCUCUUCCAGAUACUAUGAGCAAUUGAGUAUCUCCACAACAUUAAUGUCAUACAUCGUGAUAUCAAACCUGAGAAUAUUUUGGUAUCACAAAGUGGAAUUACUAAACUCUGUGAUUUUGGUUUUGCUCAGAUGUUAUCUACCCCUGGUGAUGUUUAUACAGAUUAUGUGGCUAUGCGAUGGUACAGGGCCCCUGAACUGGUUUUAAAAGACCGGACAUAUGGAAAACCUGUUGACAUCUGGGCUCUAGGUUGCAUAAUGAUUGAGAUGGCGACUGGAAAUCCCUAUUUACGCAGCAGUUCUGACCUAGAUUUACUUCAUAAAAUUGUAACUAAAGUAGGUAGUUUGACACCUCAUCUUCAGAGUAUUUUUAUAAGAAGUCCAGUUUUUUCAGGGAUGGUACUUCCUGAAGUCCAGCAUCCUAAAAAUGCAAGGAAAAAGUAUCCCCAGCUCACUGCCUUGCUGUGGCGGAUAUGGUUCAUAUUCUUACCAGAACUGAAAGCCAAAUUCUUACAAGAAGCAAAAUUAAAUUCUCUUUUAAAACUCAGAGGGAAUAACAAAGAUGUAGGACCACUAAAAGGUGAAAAGAGAAGUGCUCAUAUUAAUGCCUGUCUGAAUGGCCCAGUAUUUAGGAAGGAUCUCAGAAAGGACAAAAAAUCAAGGAAUCUAAAAGUAGAAGUUGCCCAAGUGAAAGGUAGGAAAAAAGCGAUCCCAGAGAUGGAAAAAAUUAAUCAGGAAGACACAGUUAUUCAGCGGGCUGUUUUCUCACGGCUUGGUUUUCCUGAAGAGGCAAACCCUAACCUCCCUGACGUGACUGCCUCCGUAAUGGCUAGCAGUGAGCUCCUGACCAUGACGGAGAAUCCUCUGUCGACGGCAAUUUGUUCAGCAAUGCCACCCAUCAAUCCAGCCAGCGGGAACCUUACUGCUGCAAACUUCAGUUCACACUUUCAAAUUUCUAAUACAAGGGCAUCUGAAAAAACAAAGGAAAUAAGUCCUUGGCAAUCAGUGGGACAGAUGGGAACCAGCACCAAACAGGAGGAAGAGUCUGUGCUUCAGAUCAGGUCGGAAAAGGUUGCAGCAUAUGAACAAACUGCUCAAAUUGAUCAAACAGUCAGUGUAAACCAAAAGAAAUGUGGUAUUUCAAAAUCUGAGAAAAAAGACAUCCGCUUCCUGGAGCUGCUAAUAACACCACAACAAAAGGAGCUGAAAGCAGUGGAAGACAAAUAUAUUCUCUGGAGGAAGAAAUUUACAUUAAAGAUGAUCACCCACUGUGUUAUGAAUAUGUUAAGAUUGAUGACAAUAUAUAGGAGGAUUUUCUUUGCUUCCUCCCACCCUGUCCAUACAAAUUGGGUUUAUUAAACCUAAACAUAAGAAUAUUGGGGAUCAUUCAGUUUUGCUGUCUGGCCUGUGAUUUGCUGCCAACACGUUAUGCUCGUGCUGUUGGAGGUUUAAUAAAGUGUUGACUGACUUAUACUAACUGUA